ACCAAGAUUGCGAAGAACAACCAGGAAGCGGCCUGGCUGGGAGCUGUCCCGGCGUCUCCGCUCCGCUCUCGAGGGAGCGUCCCGCGUCCCUACACCGUCUUUUCCUGCCCCGCGUAGCCCCAGCCCUGACCUAGGCUCCGGCCCGGGCCGGCCACUCCGGAGCCGCCAUGUCGUCCGACUUCGAAGGCUACGAGCAGGACUUCGCGGUGCUCACUGCAGAGAUCACCAAUAAGAUUGCGAGGGUCCCCCGACUCCCGCCUGAUGAGAAGAAGCAGGUGGUUGCAAAUGUGGAGAAACAGCUCGAAGAAGCAAAAGAACUGUUGGAACAGAUGGAUUUGGAAGUCCGAGAGAUACCACCCCAAAGUCGAGGAAUGUACAGCAACAGGAUGAGAAGCUACAAGCAAGAAAUGGGGAAACUUGAGACAGAUUUUAAAAGGUCACGGAUUGCCUACAGUGACGAAGUACGGAAUGAGCUCCUAGGGGAUGAUGGGAAUUCCUCAGAGAACCAGUUGAUAAAAUUACGUGAAGAGAGGGCACAUCUGCUCGAUAACACAGAGAGGCUGGAAAGGUCAUCUCGGAGACUAGAGGCUGGGUACCAAAUAGCAGUGGAAACCGAACAAAUUGGCCAGGAGAUGUUGGAAAACCUCAGUCAUGACAGAGAAAAGAUACAGAGAGCACGUGAAAGACUUCGGGAAACAGAUGCUAACUUGGGGAAAAGCUCCAGGGUUCUGACAGGGAUGUUGAGAAGAAUCAUCCAGAACCGCAUCCUGAUCGUCAUUCUGGCCAUCGUCCUGGUUAUCACCAUCCUGACAGCGAUCACUUUUUCUGUCAGAAGACACUGAUGUAUCUGCUGUUCCUUGAUAAACAGCGACCGUGGCUCGUGCUGAGUAAUUAAGACAAAAUGGUCACAUGAAUCAUUCUCUCGCGCUGACAGGGCCUGAAUGACCCUCCCUCUCUCUCACCGCUGUUCAGCUGAAGUGCAAAGAGUGUAAAAAUAUUUCCUAUUCCUGUUUGCAUGUGGGUUGGCUUCCUUUUCUAGGUUUGUCUUCACCCAGAUUUGUUUUUCAUAGGGGAAGGCGAAUGUUUAUUUGCCUUUUGGUAAUUUCAUCUACUGACCAAAAUAGCCUUGGUGACAUUCUCGCUUGCCCUGUGGACAUGUCAGGGGUCAUGGUUUGGGAGAGGGCAUGAUGAGGCAGUCACGGGGGCUUCUGAUGGGCUGUGCUGUUUGUCACACACCUCUUGUCACCGAUCAGCCCUUCUGUGAUGUCUGAGCAUGAAAAAUGCAGAGGCACGCAGCAGCCAGGGCCAGUGACCGGCCCAGCACACCAGCCCUGUUCCUCCUCAGGAAUAAUGAAUAUAGUGCACCUGCCUGAGAGCUUUCAUUGUAAAGGUGGGUAUUUAAUAGCAGUUGUGCAGGAAAUUGACUUAGCACUUUCCCUGUUUUUUUAUGCAUAUAUAUGUAUUUUUUUUUUACCCAAGAAUAUUUUUUGCUGAGCCUGCCCAAUAUCCACUUUUCACAACUUUGAUUACUGGCUACAAGAAAGAUUUCCUUGCCUUCCAAAAAUCCCAUACUCCCCAGAAUCUGCUGGCAGAGAGAGCCCCGGCAUGGUAUUUAAUGGUGACCUCCUCUCCCCUGACCUGUGUAAGCAUCUCUGUAUCCUUUCCGUCUUAAUAUUUGCACUGCCAAAAGCAGCCCUCAUACAUGUAAAAGGUCUGACAGGGUUCUCUCCACAUCCAUUCCAGUAUGUAAAGAGAGCAUGAAUAUUUCAGGAAGAGCAAGAACCUGACUCCUUCAGUGAGAAAUUUCAAAUGUGAUUAUCAAUAUGGUAGAGUCCUAUAGGCUGAUCCACUGGAAAUAAACUUGAUGGAAAAUGUUCACUAACCUCCUUUAAAAGAAUAAGGGAUUGCAGCGCGUUACAAAAGGAUGGCUUGGGUUUUUCACUAACAAAUGUGAGCACAGCCUUCCUGAAUUCACGAUGUAUUCAAACCUCUGCCAUGCUUUGUGAUUUUCUUGGAUUUCUUUCUGUCCGAGGUAACCGGGAAUUGCAUUUAAGAUGAGUUCAUUUAUGAUCAGGCUUCAAAGUGCCCAAGCUGAGGUCAUUCUCCCACUAGUCAUAAAGCAAAAUGUGUUUUUCUUAAGACUUCGUAGGCACUUACAGGGUCCUUUCUAUCUUUUGAGUAUAAUUGGAAGCUUUGAAUCCUUGAAAAGCAAACCUGUUCCCUUCAUAAAAAAUGCUAACCACCUGUGCCCAUGGGCUGAGAUCACCUGGAUGCAGCACUUGAUUUUUUUUUUUCCCCAACUCAGGAGAGAACCAUUAUGGUUUAGAGAGGAAAUGCAGAAUGGCAAAAUCCACCCGAGAAAUUGCACUUAUCGAAACAGGCUAGGGCCUGCAUGUGUUCAGAUAAAUCAUUUAGUAUUGUGUAAAUAAAGCUGCAGCAUUUACUUCGCAGGGAUGGUGUGGGAUUUUGGCAGAGCGAAGUAGGCCAGCAAAGGAGUGGGAAGGCUGUACUAAUUUUCCUAUCAGCUUAAGGGAUCUAUCUCAGCAAGAAUCUUUUACUCUGAUAACGGAAUUCUGUACCUGCUAAACACAUCGAAGAAACAAUGAAAAAGCAGGGAAACAAGUAAUCUCCUUCUCGUUUUGCAACUCUAAUGGUGGGGAAGUACUCUACCAACCUCUCUGGUAGCUUCCUUCGAAACAGUUGGUCUUAGCUAAAGUGUAUAAUCGGUCACCCAGCAACACCUCACGCCGCCAGACUCUUCCUAAGGCCACCUGGCAAGCCAGGUUGAUCUGAUCAUCUAAACUCGCUGGCUCCUAAAUAUUUCACUAACACCUGACGUUCAUGUUGAAAGAGGAAAUGAGGAGGGAGUGUAUCGCUCACCCUUCAGUGGCUUCUUCUUUAGGGUUCUAUGUCAUUAUCAACCCUUGCCUGAGAUUUUGCCCCAAUUGAACCCUGAGAGUGGGAAGAAGAUGAACAGAUAACCUUGGCCUAACAUCCCCAUCAAAUUCACCUCAAGAGCGACCCCCUAGACCGGGAUAGUGACCACUUUUGUAGGAAGCUGGUCCGAAGGCCCCUGAAUUCCCGCCUGGCCCUCUCGAACGCUGCAGGACAGACUCAGAGGAGCCCCAGGGGAGGAAAAUUGUUCACCCUGCUCCCCUGGGGAAGGAGGAAAGCCCACAAAUUCGAAGCCAUUCAUAGAACUGUGAAAGGUUCUAGGAACUUAAUGUGAAAUUGACGAAUAUCUCUAAAGUCAGGAGCCUUUGUUAAAAAUUAUGUUCAACGGAAGGGUGGGGUGUAGAAGAGGAGACGGAGGAGGAAGAGGAAGGAGGAAGCCCUUGCCAUAUAAAAUUCAUGCAGACUAAACAGUUUCCCUGGCAGCGUAAAUAAAGCGGAUGCUGCCCUGCUCCAGAAUCAAAAGCAAUUUAAUUAAAGUCUCUUAAGUUGUAAAGAGUUUUAAAUGUUCCACGUUGAAGACGAAUGCCGACGAAUGCCUGCAAAUGCAGCGGGCCUGACGUCAGCUGCCAGGCCUGGGCUGGGAGGCCAUUUGCUAUUCUGUUUAAGGCAGGCUGGAUUGUCUUAUUUUGGAACCAGCUUGGUGGGGGGUUUGCUUUGCUACUGCUUCUGAGCCCUGAGCUUCAAAGGCUGAAAUUAAUGGUGAACAAAAUUGUGCAGCUCUGGCCGUCCCAUGCGGGGCAAGCCCAUUGAGGGUUAUCAUUAAGUAAAGAAAUAAAGAGGGGGAAAAAAGCCUGCCUGUUCCAAAAAGCUCAUCAGAUAAUGACCUCAGUGAUUGGAUUUUCAUUACCAAACAGCAUCCAGAGAUUAUCUACUCCACAGAAGAAAGGAGGGGGAAGGAAAAAAAGGAAAGAAAGGAAAGCAACCGUCUUUCUCUUCCUCUCUCUCUCCUUUUUUUUUUUUUCUUUCUUUUGCACAUCUUUUCUUUAAAACUGUCAGAUCAUUUCAGUAUUUCAAAUCCGAGGAAAACAGCCUGCCUGCUGCUGUAUUUGAAGUUGUAAUGGUGUCAAAAAGUCACGACUGACUGACAGCCGUCAGUCCCAGAGGGGCUCAUUAAAUCAUAAAAACUUGACAAGGAAAUAAUUGCGCAUCGCCAGCAACUUGGCGCCUGUUUAGACGUUUUUAUUUUCUUUCAUUAUUAGUCCCCACCAUUACGUUCAUUAACAAAUUGCAUUAAACUGUUAAGGGCUAA